AUGGGAUUUUGUGAAUAUGUGUUUUCGAAAGACAAGGUUCAAAACCGUUUCGAGGUUCUCACAAAGAACGAACCCUGCAACAAUCGUUAUAGCUGUGUUGCCUCUGUGACUGUGUUUAUAAAGGAGCUGAAACUUAAAAUAACAAGAGGUGGUAAAUUUACAGUGUUUGGAAUUCCUAAGGAAGUUACCCAACCCUACUUCAACAAAGGUAAGAAUGAUCUUCAUGAUGGGACUAUGACGCACUGCUGGUGUUGCUAUUUCACACUGUAAUUACUUGCAGUAGAGUGUCUAUAACUGAUCUACGUUGAAAUUGCAAAGAACGUUACCCCAUGCAUGCAUCAUACGUCAAGCAAUGUAAGAAUGGUCCAAUUGACACCGACCGUCAUAUAGUGACACUUUGAGGGCCAGUGCUGCUAUUGAACACUGUAAUGAACUGCUGUAUAGGAUGUCUCUAACUGCACCACGUCGAAAUUAAACGAGGGGAUUUCUUCGAAGUUUUGAACGAAAUAAUGAAGGACGUUUUCCAAGAAUUUAACUUAUCACUCGCCAAAUACGUAUCGACAAAAUGUUUACAAUCUUCUCCAGGUAGUUUAAUGAAUUAAGAACAGCCUGUAAUCCUUUUACGAAUUCUGUUCUUUCUGCUACUCCAAAAGGUUUCUUUUUCGCACUUAAUAAAAAUAUAUACAAAAAACAAAAGCUAAACCAUUGUCGAGAGUUUUGAAAACUCAUGUUCAACAGCAAUUUUGAAUACUUUCAUUCAUACACAAAUUAGUUUCCAGGCCUCACCCAACAUUGAUUCAUUAUUUUAUUUUCUCUGCCCCAUGGAUUACGCCGACCAAUUUGUGCUGCCCUAUAUUCUUGACCAUUCCAUUCACCCAUUCUAGAUUUAGUAUUUUUUCAUGCAGAAUUUAGUAAUAUUUAAAGAAAUAACAGCUAACAUAAUGGAUUAUUAUAUAGGUGUAAUGGUGAGAAGGAAAGAGAAAGGAAUCCAAAUUAAUACAGAUGUCGGUGUAACAGUGGAGUAUGACGGAGUUUUUAACGUGUUUGUCACAAUACAUUCGCGAUACAGAGAAAUGACGGCGGGACUUUGUGGAAACUACAAUGGCGAUAUCAAUGAUGAAUAUAUCGGUCAGAACUCGCAUCUUAGCGAUUCCAUCGUUGACUUUACCGAUUCCUGGAAAGUUGACCAAAGCUGUCCAAAUUCACCAAUUCCUGAAAAUCCAUGUCUUACUACAAGUAGUAUUGCGCAAGACGCCAAGAUGAAAUGUUAG